CACAAGGUCAACAAUGGCGCUGUCCCUGUGCCGGUGUGUGUCCCGGGGGCUCGUGGCUCCGCCCCCCGUGGCCUUGCUCCUGGUGAGAGACGCAUCCAAGAAAGCCGGGGGCAGCUCCAAGAACAAAGGGGGGAAUAGCCCUGGCAGGAGAUACGGCUAUAAGAAACUAGACGGAGACUUUGUCCAUGCUGGGAACAUCUUAGCCACUCAGCGCGUAAUGCGCUGGCACCCGGGGUCCCAGGUAGGAAUCGGCCGCAAUAAGACCCUGUUUGCACUGGAAGACGGAAUAGUCCGUUACACCAAGGAAGUAUACGUCCCGCCCCCACGCAGCGAGGAGAGCCGCGAUGUCAUAUGCCAGCUCCCGGCGGGCGCCAUCAUAUACAAAACAUUUGUCAAUGUCAUUCCAGCGCCGCAAGAGAACCGCUUCAAACUUGUAGGGAUGAUGUGAGAGCCAAUCGUGUUGUUUUUGUACAUAUCUUUAUUAAAUUAACAUGCUUCUUUGCA